CACAUGAUAUGGAGGGGAUUGGAACACCUGAAUCACAUGAUAUGGAGGGGAUUGGAACACCAGAAUCACAUGAUUGGGAGGGGAUUGGAACACCAGAAUCACAUGAUUGGGAGGGGAUUGGAACACCAGAAUCACAUGAUAUGGAGGGGAUUGGAACACCUGAAUCACAUGAUAUGGAGGGGAUUGGAGCACCUGAAUCACAUGAUAUGGAGGGGAUUGGAACACCUGAAUCACAUGAUAUGGAGGGGAUUGGAACACCUGAAUCACAUGAUAUGGAGGGGAUUGGAACACCUGAGUCCAAUGAUUGGGAGGGGAUUGGAACACCUGAAUCACAUGAUAUGGAGGGGAUUGGAAACACCUGAGUCCAAUGAUUGGGAGGGGAUUGGAACACCUGAAUCACAUGAUAUG